AUUCAGGUUGCAGCUCCGCUGUCACAACAACAGCAUACAGGAGCAUUGUGGGAGCUGUCAGCCGGUUUCGGCGGGUUUUGUUAAAAUGGCGCCGUUGCCAAUGGCUGCAGAUGAAUAGACUGUUAGCUGGGAGGGUCGGAUCCGGGACGGCAAAAGCUGAAUGACACACAGCCAUGGCAGCUCCGGACCAAAAGUCUCCAAACGUACUACUGCAGAAUCUGUGCUGUCGGAUCCUUGGCAAGGGGGAAGCUGAUGUGGCCCAGCAGUUUCAGUACGCAGUCAGAGUAAUAGGCAGCAACUUUGCUCCCACCGUUGAAAGAGAUGAAUUUCUUGUGGCCGAAAAAAUCAAGAAAGAAUUUGUGAGACAGAGGAGGGAAGCAGAUGGUGCUCUCUUUUCUGAACUUCACAGAAAGCUUCAGUCACAGGGUGUUUUGAAAAACAGAUGGUCUGUACUCUACCUCUUGCUUAGCCUUAGUGAAGAUCCUCGGAAGCAGCCAAAUAAGACCUCUAGUUAUGCUGCAUUGUUUGCCCAGGCCUUGCCUCGUGAUGCCCAUUCCACACCAUACUACUAUGCCAGGCCACAGAGUCUCCAGCUCAGUUACCAGGAUCGGAAUGUGCAGUGUGCACAGAAUGCAGCAAGCAUGGGCAGCAGUGGGAUUGGUAGUAUUGGCAUGUAUGCUUUAAAUGGGCCAACACCGCAAUCCAUUAUUCAAGGACAGUCCAAUCAAACUCCGAACAUGGGAGAUGCACUUCGUCAGCAGUUAGGGUCUCGCCUUGCUUGGACUUUAGCAGCUGGUCAGCAGCCAUUACAACAAAGCACUACCACCAAAGGCCUUCCCAAUACAGUAUCACGAAAUGUGCCAAGGACUAGAAGAGAAGGAGACUCAAGUGGGUCUGUCGAAAUAACAGAAACAUCUUUAGUGAGAGACCUUUUGUACGUGUUCCAGGGAAUUGAUGGGAAAUUCGUUAAAAUGUGCAAUUCUGAAAACUGCUACAAAGUAGAUGACAAGGUAGCUCUAUCAAAAUCCUUGAGAGAUAUUACAAGCAAACUUGCAGAACUUGGAUGGCUUCACAAUAAAAUUAGAAAAUACACAGACCAGAGGAGCCUGGAUCGUGCAUUUGGACUUGUUGGGCAGAGUUUCUGUGCUGCAUUACAUCAGGAGCUCAAAGAAUACUACCGUCUUCUUUCAGUUUUGCAUUCUCAGCUACAGGUUGAAGAUGAUCAAGGUGUAAAUUUGGGACUGGAAAGCAGUUUAACUCUUCGGCGCCUGUUGGUCUGGACAUAUGACCCAAAAAUUAGACUGAAGACACUUGCAGCACUAGUGGACCACUGCCAAGGAAGGAAAGGAGGUGAAUUGGCAUCAGCUGUACAUGCCUAUACGAAAACAGGUGAUCCAUACAUGCGCUCUUUGGUGCAGCACAUCCUUGGCUUAGUGUCCCAUCCCAUCGUUAACUUCCUUUACCGAUGGAUAUACGAUGGAGAAUUGGAGGACACUUAUCAUGAGUUUUUUGUUGCUUCUGAUCCGAUGGUGAAAACAGACCGGCUGUGGCACGACAAGUAUUCUUUAAGAAAGUCUAUGAUUCCAUCGUUUAUGACCAUGGAUCAGUCUAGAAAGGUUCUCCUGAUUGGAAAGUCCAUCAACUUUUUACACCAGGUGUGCCAUGAUCAAACUCCAGCCACCAAGACGAUGGGCAAAAGUGCAGAGUCUCCAAAAGAUGCUGCAGACCUUUUCACUGAUUUAGAAAAUGCCUUUCAAACUAAAAUUGAUGCUGCAUAUUUUGACACUAGCAAAUACUUGUUAGAUGUCCUGAACAAGAACUACAAUCUUCUUGAACACAUGCAGGCCAUGAGGCGCUAUCUUCUUCUGGGACAGGGAGACUUCAUACGCCAUCUGAUGGAUUUAUUAAAACCAGAACUUGUUCGUCCAGCCACUACUCUGUACCAACACAAUCUUACUGGGAUCCUUGAAACUGCUGUCAGAGCAACUAAUGCACAGUUCGACAAUCCUGAGAUCCUCAAACGACUGGACGUCAGGCUUUUGGAGGUUUCACCAGGUGACACUGGAUGGGACGUGUUCAGUUUAGAUUAUCAUGUUGAUGGACCUAUUGCCACAGUAUUCACUAGAGAGUGUUUGAGUCAUUACCUCAGGGUGUUUAACUUCCUCUGGCGAGCAAAGAGGAUGGAGUAUAUACUUACAGACAUAUGGAAAGGACAAAUGUGCAAUGCAAAACUACUCAAAAGCAUGCCAGAGCUGUCUGGGGUCCUCCAUCAGUGUCACAUACUGGCAUCAGAAAUGGUCCAUUUCAUUCAUCAGAUGCAGUAUUACAUCACGUUUGAGGUCCUGGAAUGCUCCUGGGAUGAGCUUUGGAAGAAAGUGCUGCAAGCACAAGACUUGGAUCAUAUUAUUGCAGCACAUGACGUUUUCUUGGACACUAUAAUUUCUCGCUGUCUUCUUGAUAGUGAAUCCAGAGCUCUGCUAAAUCAACUUCGGGCUGUAUUCGAUCAGAUAAUACAGUUUCAGAAUGCACAAGAUGCUCUGUAUAGGGCUGCGUUGGAAGAGUUACAGCAGAGACUACAGUUCGAAGAACGUAAAAAAGAGAGAGAAUCAGAGGGACAGUGGGGAGUUACUGCAGCUGAAGAAGAAGAAGAGAACAAAAGGAUUCAGGAAUUUCAAGAAUCAAUACCGAAGAUGCGCUCUCAGCUGAGAAUUCUCACUCAUUUCUAUCAGGGUAUUGUUGAACAGUUUUUGGUGUUGUUGACAACAAGUACAGAUGAAAGCCUGAGAUUUUUGAGCUUUAGGUUGGACUUCAAUGAACAUUAUAAAGCAAGGGAACCAAGACUACGUGUGUCACUGGGAACCAGGGGGAGGCGCAGCUUACAUGUAUGAUGCUCUGUAAAUAAAUAUUCCCACCAUACCAAAUAGUGUGCAGUGCUUUGCUUAUGUUAUUUAUUCAGGCAGCAAACAUUUCCGUGUGUAAUAGCGUAAUAUGCACUUGAGGACGAGGAGAAGGAAAAUGGGUCUUUUUAUACAUUGUAUUUUAGGUAGGAAGAGACUAUAUGAAUCUGUUUACACUGUAAAUUUCAGUAAUGUAUAUUUUUAUGACACAUUUCUGUUGUGAUUUUUAAGCCUGUGUUAUAUAUAAAGUAUCUGAAAUAUUAUUCUUUCAUAACACAGUUUAAUUUUAAAUCAUUGUAAAUCGUUCAUUUCAGUCUUUGUUUUAUCAGCCUAAUUUGCUCAUUGCACCAAACAUGACUUCUCACACAACCGAACCUCAUGUAAAACAGGCACAAUUUGAUUUUCAGUGUGGAUUUCCAUUUGACAAUGACAACCAAUGAAAUUUGAUUUUGCACUUCUGUUCUUGUUUGAAUCAAUGCAUCUUGUUCCAGGUUACAUAUUUCAGCAUGAUGUUCGGGUUAUUCUCUGAGCACAUUUACAGGCAUUAGAGGUCUAAGAGAGAUGAGUAAUACUAAAGCUGUCUGUCACCUAUUUUUCAUUGUAAAUAUUUAUGUAACUUUGCCCUGAAAUCAGGGUAACUGUGUUUUUAAUUAUAUUUGUAAGGUAUUUAUACCAACUAAUUCAAAAUCUCAUUUAUUAUAUUUACUACGUCACAGAGUUAAACCUAGGCAAAUAAAAAAAAAAAAAACAUUA